AUGGAUAAUUCUAAAUCGAAAGACAAUUAAAAAGUAGAGCCUUUGAGACCAUGUUGUGCUUGUCCUGAAACAAGAAAACUAAGAGAUGAAUGUAUUGUUUCUUUAGGAGAAGAAAAAUGCUAAAAAGAAAUCGAAAAUCAUAAACUUUGUUUGAAAAAGCUUGGAUUUGAAUGA